AUGUUGGAAUCAGAGCAAGCGCCGACCAUCUUCACCGCGACUUCUGCCUUCUCACUCGCUGGUGUAGCAGGCAUAGGUGCCGUCGCGUAUACAGCAUCGCAGGCUCUGCUACCAAAGAAUGCAAAAUGGCAGGACAGAUUCACGUUCAUCUGGCUCACUUUUGACGCUCUAAUCCACUUCAUAUUUGAAGGGUCGUUCCUUUGGCUGUCUACCUUUGGUCGACAAGUCAAUACUAGCACUGGACCUUUUGCCCAGAUGUGGAGAGAGUACGCGGCUGCCGACUUCCGAUGGGGAUUUUCAGACGAGACGGUUGUCUCCCUGGAGAUUCUUACCGUUCUUGGAGCAGGCCCGCUUGCUUGCUACGUCGUGUACCAGAUUGUGAAGAAUGAUCCUGCGAGACAUUAUUGGCUUGUUGUGUUGAGCACGGCGGAGCUUUACGGCGGAUGGAUGACAUUCUGCCCCGAGUGGCUUACUGGCAGCCCGAAUCUCAACACAUCAAAUGCUCUCCAUCUCUGGGUUUACCUCGUCUUCAUGAACGUUAUAUGGGUCGCCAUUCCCCUAUGGCUGAUGUACGACUCAUAUGGCCACAUCUCGCAAACGAUGCGCAUCUCCCAGGCGAACACCUCAAAAGCCAAAUCGCUUUGAAACAUCAAAAUAUACACCAGUGCUAUCGACUCCGGAGCAUAGCUCAAUAUCGCUUCAACGAAGUGGUGUUCUGGGUGCAUGCGCAAGUACAGAACUACUUGCACGGAUUUUGACUUACGGACGGUUCUUUUGGCACGAAGUCGGGCUGCAUAAUGUUUCCUUGCUGGACCCUAUAUAUCUAAACAACCAUAGUCUUCUCAUUCUUGGAUCAUCGUUUGGGCAUU